AUGAAUGGAUCUUCUCUUGUCAAAAAAUCUCCUCUUUCUCCACGAUCACCUCGAUGUUCCUCCUCAUCGAGUAAUACUCUCUCAGAAGUAGUCGCCUUCACACCAACAACACCAAUAUAUGCUACUGGAAGCGAUCAUGAUCUCCUUUCUUCCUCUUCCAUCAUCAACACCACUCGAACCGCCACUUCCACCACACCUGUCACCACACCUGUCGCCACUCCAACAAUUGUUACUUUCAAUCCCGAUGAAUAUGAAUUACAAUUGGUGGAAUUGAUGGAAGUCAAUGAAAGUCGAGAGGUGUUUCUCAAUUACAUUCAAAGGUUUGCCAUUCCUGAGACAGUUUCCUUUUUGAGAGACAUGUGGAAAUUUAAGGAAAAACGAAAGGGAAUUUACAAUCCAACGACCAUGUCGAUUCGUCCAGAAAUUCAAACAGAGAAUUUACAGAAUAGUUUUUCAUCGAGUUUUUCAUUGAAUUCUCAUAAAAAGACUGUGGCUGAAUUGUAUCGAAUGGCAAAAGAAAUGAUUGCCAAUUAUAUGGAAAAGGCAUCUAAGUAUCAAUUGAAUGUUUCGUCCGAUGUCACAACGUCACUUGAAAAGCGAUGGAAUGUCAUUACAUCUGUAUUGAAAAGUUGUGGCCACAACGUUGAACACACUCGAGUUCAUAGUAUGAAUUUGUCGAAACAUUUUUUUAAAAGUGAGGCUUUUGAAAGUGACAUGCUAAGUUUAGAAUUGGAUCAUGACAUCAAGCUGCCGACUGUGGUGGUAGAGACACCUCAAGAUGAAGGCAAUGGUCAAUCUGAAAUUUUGGAAUAUGUUGAAGAGAACAAGUCGACGAGCAACAACACAAAUUUGGAUCAUCUCUCUUCCAAUAAUUUGGAAUAUGAAUCUUCAUUGUUUGUAAAAUGUUUAGGUCACAUUGAAGAUAAGAGUCAAUUUUGUGACGUGUUAGUGAAAUUAUGUCAACUCUUUGACAAUGUGGAAUAUUUUGUUUAUAACGAUCUGGCAAUGGAACACUUUCCAAGAUUUAAAAAGAGUAAGGAAGCCAAAAACUUUCUACUUUCGAAAGGUGAAGAUUUCACAAAAAAAAUUGCCAUCAACAUCAAACUAGGUUAUGAGAUUGAUCUCCGAUAUAAGGCUAAGGAUUUUAUUUCUCCCUCGAUUACUGACAAGGAUAUUUAUUUUAUGAUCAUGUUGUGCAAUGACGACAGUUGGGAAAAGGUCACUGAAAAAACUCUUCAUGUGGAAAAAGAUUUAACAACGUCGUAUCAAGUGUUCACAUCCAAUAAGAAGAUACUCAUUGGAGAAGAAAAAGAAAACACGAACUUUAAAUUAGCCAAAGUGGAGAUAUUACUACCAUUCUCAGUUGAAGAAAGUUAUAAGGUUAUUGUGGAUCGACAAGCAAAAUUAAAAUCAGACCCAAUGACUGUUGGAGAUUUUGAAACGUAUAAAAUUGAAGCAUGUGGAGGGACCAAGAAACCACUCGCAAUGGCAUACUCGAGUGAGAGUUACAAUUUAGGAAAAUUCUCAAAGAAUCGAGAAAUAAUUUUUGUACAAACCUUGCUUUACGAUCGAGCAACAAAUUGUUACAUUAAUUUUGCAAAAUCAGCCGAAUUUGAAGAAAAACGCAAAAAUAAGGAGCGAAUACUUGUCGAUAUCAUGUAUUCGUACAUUUUUAAAAGUGAGGGACCUCAAAUGUGUAAACUCACGUACAUUCUAUUUGGUGACAUGAAAAUGGCCAUCGACAAUGACAGGUUUUUCAAAAAGUUUAUCAAGAGCAGAGCAAAGGACAUCUCCAAAGGUUUUACAAAGCAUCUCAAUGAGCGAACGAAACAUGGCACGACAUCUUUUGGUCCAGUGGAUGACAUUUUCUGUUUGCUUCAAUGCUUGGAACAAAAUUCAAUGGUCUACCCUCAGCGAUCAUGGUUUGAAGAAUUUUCAUCUUAUUUGGAAAAAGCAAGCUGCGGUAUUAGUGGAACCACGGCUGACAAGGUUGAAUUUUUGGACUUUUUGGAGGGAGUUUGA